CGCAAGAAAUAGGUCGCAUUUAUUUUCGUCAUAAAGUAUUUUAAAAGAGUAAGCAUGAUAAACAACCGUCACUUGUUGGGGACCCUCUAUAUCUUUUUCUCUAGCAACAACAUGAUCACCCUCGUUUGUAUGUGAGCAAUAUUUUUUAGUAGGGCUAUCUCAAACCACUCCUGCAUAUCUUUCACACUGUAAUCAGCUGACGAUGGGUACAUGACGGCAUGUAGUUCAGUCACCAGCUAUGUAAGUAGCGUGUACUUUCACUUUGAAACAUAUAACUUACAGUCUUCAAACAAUAGGUAUAACAUAACAUAUCUGAGACUGUGAUGUGAUUGUUUUUAGUUGAUAACCAGCCUGUUCUUUAUACUUCUACAUGAUACUGGCCAACUUCAACAAUUUGAAGGAAAACAUUUCAAAGAGGAUUGGAUUGAAAAUUGUGCUUAAAUGAACGUGUCUAAUAAGCUAUUUUGGUUGGACAUGUUUAUAGUAAACUGAAUAAAUUAAAUAGUAUACUAGAUUGUAACUUUGAGGACGGUUUUGUUUGAACAUCCAGGCCUUUUGCCGAUUGCUGAUAUCGUACAAUCUGUAUCUUACCUUUUGUAGCACACGACUCGAGUGAAUGACCAGUCUAUCGAUCGAUACAAUCAACACGCAUACACAUGCAUAUGUAGGGUUAAAUGAUGUACAUAUUGGAUGGUGUGUGGCAGGACGACUAAGAUAGAUUGUAUCAGAAUAUAAUACCUGGUUAUAGCGGUCCAUCACAAACGUUGAUUCUCCUGUGGGUGGUGUAUGAUAGGGUGUACGAGUGUAAACACUAGUCAUUUACCUUGUAGGAACAGACAUGGAUAAACGAAUUCAAAGGAAGGCAGUGAUCGUCACUGUUGUUUUUUUCCUUGUUAUUGGACUGUUGGUAGUUCACCACAGCAGUGAUAACGACGAUCUUAGUUAUAACGCUGGUCAACAACAGGUUCCUUGGCUCGGAGGCAAAACAUGGCAAGGAGCCGUGGUAGCUCAAGGGGUCGGCGGAACAGGAAAAAAGGCUAUGAUUUCAAACGUGGACCAGGAGUGCACACGGAAACAGCACAAGCUGCCUUCUGAGGAGACACUACGAAAGAUGUCGUUGGAAGGUGUUUCUGAGGUCUACCACAGGCACGUCAACAACCUUCAGAUUCUCUGCCCUAUAAAACCGAUCUAUGCUGGCAUGAAUGCUGGGUGGCAGGUCUGUGCCACACCCCUAGAAGGACCUUCGACCACAGUCUACUUCAUCAGUCAGACCAAAGAUGAUGUGAUUGCUACACGGUUUCUGAAGGAGAUCGCUGCUGACACCCGCGCGACCACUGUACAGUUACCCAGUAGUCUCGUGUUGAAAGCAAUGUCGGAGUCGGAGACGGAGACCCAGUCUAUUGAAACCAAACCCGUGUAUGAUAUGAUGAAACUGACAACGAUCGACAUCAUGUUGAUACAUGCCGGGAAGGAAUCAGCCAACAUUGUUCACUGGCUGGAUACAAAGAGGGCGCUAAUGUCUGUCGAUCAGCUCAUUGUCAAGUUUGAGAGUGUUGGUCGGACAUCCUCCCAGGGUGACUACAUCCGGCAGAUCGUGCUUCUGGCUCGUCUCCAUGACGACGGAUUUAGAAUAUUCUACGUGUCACGUGACCCAGAACCAAAGUGUAUAUAUAAACUGAACGGACGUGACGUCACUGGCUGUUAUAUAAUAUACAUGAUGCGAUGUAAAAGUACACAGCCCCCGAUACUAAUCCCCCCGACCGAGCAGCUAAAUAAGAUGUCACCGACAAACAGUGCCCUGCUGUACCACAGCUAUUCUUUAUCAACGCAGAUCCUGUGUCAGGACGUGGUACGUGUGGGGGAUAUCAAUGACGGGGGCUGGGAGGUUUGUAAUGAUACGGAUUACCGACCGUCCCCCAACUGUCUCGUUUACUCCUUUGGGAUAGACAAAGACUGGACGUUUGACGAGGAAGUGUCUAGGAUUUAUGGUUGUGAGGUCCACUCCUUUGAUCCAAGCAUUGGUCUGAAGGAUCACAAACACUCUGAAAAAGUAUGGUUUCAUGACCUCGGCUUGUCUAACGCCGACGGUAAAAGGGGAAGCUGGCAGAUGAAGACGCUCGACUCCAUCAAAAAGAUGUUGGGGCAUUCAGACCGAGUUCUGGAUUACGUGAAGAUGGACAUUGAAGAGAGUGAGUGGGGCGCUAUAGGACAGAUGUUGACUUCUGGUGUGUUAAAGAAUGUUCGACAGUUAGCGGUGGAAUUCCACUCGCCGAAUGUAACGCCGGGGAAACAUUAUCUUCAGAAACUUGAAAUUCUUAACAGACUGUACAAUAGCGGAUUCCGGUUAUUUUGGGCUCACCCCAAUCAAAUGAGAGGUAACCAGCGGCGAUUGGCCGGAACCAAUAGAGAAGUGACUGUCUGUUAUGAGCUUUAUUAUUUAAAUGCUAGAUAUAGCAGCAAAUAGAUCACGUGAUUGUUAAUUUGGUGUACGAAAAUUCUUAAACGAUAUCAAUGCCCAUACAUACAUAUACACUCCAGCAUUCACAAGAUACACAUGUCUACAAGGUAGGUAUCGUAUGUUUGUUACCCGACAAGGUAGAUAUCGUAUAUUUGUUACAUGACAAGGUAGAUAUCGUAUGUUUGAUACCUGACAAGGUAGAUAUCGUAUGUUUGUUACCUGACAAGGUAGAUAUCGUAUGUUUGUUACCCGACAAGGUAGAUAUCAUAUGUUUGUUACCUGACAAGGUAGAUAUCGUAUGUUUGUUACAUGACAAGGUAGAUAUCGUAUGUUUGAUACCUGACAAGGUAGAUAUUGUAUGUUUGUUACCUGACAAGGUAGAUAUCGUAUGUUUGAUACCCGACAAGGUAGAUAUCGUAUGUUUGUUACCCGACAAGGUAGAUAUCGUAUGUUUGAUACCUGACAAGGUAGAUAUCGUAUGUUUGAUACCUGACAAGGUAGAUAUCGUAUGUUUGAUACCCAACAAGGUAGAUAUCGUAUGUUUGAUACCCGACAAGGUAUAUAUAGUAUGUUUGAUACCUGACAAAGUAGAUAUCGUAUGUUUGAUACCCAACGAGGUAGAUAUUGUAUGUAUUAUACCUAACAAGGUAGAUAUCGUAUGUUUGAUACCCGAAAAGGUAGAUAUCGUAUAUUUGUUACCCAACAACGCAAAAUAUUCAUGUCACAAUACAUAUUCGUAUAUCCGAUAUCCGUAAUAACUCGCGAGCGCGCGCGUGUGUUUGAACGUGUGUGCGCGUACACGUACGUGAGUGUGUUUGAACGUGUGUGCGUACACGUACGUGAGUGUGUUUGAACGUGUGUGUGUGCGUACACGUACGUGAGUGUGUUUGAACGUGUGUGCGUACAUGUACGUGAGUGUAUGGAGAACUCAUGGAUGUAUCAAAUCUUUUUGAACAUCUGGAUGACCGUAUCAUGCAUUGGCAUUACGAGCCAUUUCAUCUACCUAACAUCUUCAUUAAUAUCAAAAUAUAGUCUAUCUACUUUUAUAAUGUGAAUAAUCUCGCAUUUUGUAUCACUCAAGAACGUAAGUAUCGUGGUAUACCUGGUCUCGGUGAUUGAAAAUUGAAGCAUUUCAGAUACAUUGAUGAAAAAAAGGUUCCAAUCGAAUAUAAAGCUAAAGGUUUAAAAAAAAAAAAAGAAAAAAAAAAAGGUGAAAGUAAAUGAUGUGGCCACUGUUUACUGUUAUUAGACCUAUACUCUUAUAGAGGGACAUUAUUUUGGAUAAAAGCAGUUGCUAACCUUAAUUCUCAUUAAUAACGACAACUAAUAGAAAUUAACUCUUUUUUUUUGAUAAUUUGUCACAUAAAUGUCAAAAUUCUGCAUCAGUGCUGACCGAACCAAACGUUAGAGUGGAAGGCCACUGUAAUGAAUUCGUUUUGCAUUCUAUCCAUUAGUGCAGAUUUGGUUCAUAUUCACACCAUCGAGGCAUCAAAUUCUAUACCUGAUUCAUCGAACUGUGUUAAAGGUCAAAGAUCACACUUAAAAAAGAGUGGUGUAUAAAAUAUCGCUUGAACUCCUGGACAGAUUUAUUUUAUAAGAUGGAUGAGGGCUUUGGGGUUAAUCUAUGGGAGCUCCUACUCACUUUGCUUUUAUUCUCAAAACAGCCUAUUUUCAAAUUUAAGUUCCAGAAAAAAAAACUAUCACUGCCUUUGUUACACAUCUUCAUUGCAUUAUUCGCAGUGAAAUUCAAGGUUUUACGGUGAAAAUGAAAGUGAUUUUUAAAUUCGAGAAAAUAAAAUUUAAGUCAUUUAUUUCUGACCGUUCAGAGCACGGUAUUUACAGUGAAAAUAACGGUUUUAACGGAACUACAUUUAUUUUGAGAUAUCAAAAAAAAAAAAAUUGUUUAUCUCCCUUCAUACAGCACUCUUCUGGUAUCGGCUGCUGUCUCCAAAUUUCCGACAAGUAUUGGUAUUAUAUUUAAUCACUGUUACUGACAGGCAACAUUAAUGUAAACAGUCUAAAUUACUACAGCAAAAUUAAUUUGAAUCGCGACAUCUCCCAUAUUCUAUCAUCAACAAUUCAUGAUGGACCCGUCUUCUCUCGCCCCAGCCUCUCGGGAAUCAUGCAAACUACAAAUGAAACCCAUUCACUUCAGGAUCAGUUUUCUUCUACUAGCCUUAAAAUGUUCUCUGAGAAUCCCAUAUGUAAUUAGGCAGUAGCAUUCCACUUUCAUGGACAACGAACCCGCCUUCAGAACUCAAACGAGCAUGUCUCGUCACGACUGAUGACCGCACCUAUUUAGAAAGCCUAACAAUCGUAUAAGGCUAUUUCUUGACGAUGGUAGUGGUUGAAUGCACAUACCUUGAUCUUUGCAGUUAAGAUUUGUUGGUUUCCAUUUUCCAUGUCCGUCGACAAUGAAAGCGACUUAAAUAGGCCGGCCUACGUGUAAUAUUCACAACCUCAGACAUGUCACUUCGCCAUAUUAUGACAGCUGUGAUAUUAUUUCGCGAAAAUUUUCAAUAACUCUCUAGUUGUCGAAGCAAUAAUCAUUUGAUCCUAGAAUAUUUCCAUUAAAUUGUUCAAUCGUCACACAUGUUGUAUUUUUUUUUACUCUAUGUUGAUAAUUAUUUUUUUUGGGAAGCUUGUGUCCCAUAUAUGUGGAACUAUGUUAUUCAGCGGAGUAGUAAUAACACGGCAAUCAUAUAGAUAGAGCGGCAGAUUUAAACUGACAUCUGUAAAUGUGAGAAAAAUGUAUUAUAAAUAGAAUAUUCCUUGUUUCUUGAUGAAUAACACUUAUAUUUCAUCGAGUUUGAGGUGGAAACUUUGGUAUUUCUCACUCGUUCAUCAAGAAGCAAGGAAUAACCUCUAAGUAUUAGAUACAAGGUUUUACUUUUUUUGAUGAAUGUAUAUAAUAGGCAAUACGUUUUAUGUCGAAAACCAUAAAAUUAUUUCAAAUGUCAGACGUUUAAAAGCUUGAUACACCCUAUCACAUUGACGUAAAUUUUGAUAAGUAUCUAAAUUAUAUUAACACAGAUGUAAAAUCCUUAAUUUGUUUUGUAUUUUGAAAUUGAAAUUGCAAAUAGAGUGCAAUGUAAGUGAAAUGAUUACUCUAGUAUUAAUUCCAUAACAUUUUUAUGUUGUUUUAUUAAGAAUAUCAAGUUUAUGAGAACCAAAAUAAAGAACUCCGUGUUACUGUUACGAGCGUUAAUUGAUAUGUUGUGAGCCUCAUAUUGUAGGAUUUGAAUUUUGUCGGACAUAUUAUAUUAUUUUUCAACAUAAUCCCCUUCAGUAUCUAUACUGUGUCAGCGGUGUUUAAGGGCCUCAAUGCCACUUUUAUAGAACUUCUUUUCUUGGCUGUUCAGAAAGUCAUUCACUGCAUGUAUGACGUCAUCCUCCGACUUGAAGUGGGUGCCUGAAAUAGCUGUUUUCAGUUUUGGAAAUAGAUGAAAGUUUGAUGGAUCGAGAUCAGGUGAAUAAGGACAUCCUUGAAUACCUCCUUCAAUCAUGAGGCUCACAACAUAUCAAUCAGCCCUAGUAUUUUCCAUGUUUUUAUAUUAAAAUCUUUUUGAAAUUAUGAGUGAAAUGUAAGUUUAGAAGACACAGUGAUGUUGAAGUUUAUACUGUUAACUGUAAUGACUGCCAUAUUCCAUUUUUGAUGUGUUUUAAUUUUAUUAAAAGUUUGAAACUCUU